GUCAUCUAUUGGUUUAAAAGGAAUUAUCCUAUAGUUAUUCAAGAGCAACAGGAGUUAAUCUUUGGUACUUUGACUCAAGGAUCUUAUUCAGUUAGAAAUUACUAUAGAAAGAUAAAUAAAUAUGCUAGCUGGGUGAAAAUAUCUGAUCAUGAAAAAAGAAUACAAUUUAUACGUGGUUUGUCUUCUGAAAACAAGUUGGAAAUGAAACGACUGGGUUUAAACAGACCUUUAAAUGAUGAAUUGAUUGAAACAUUGGAAAAGAUUGAAACAGAAAGGAAUAAUUUGCUUUUGGGUGAAGAUAUUUAUAACCAGCCGGCUACCAAGACAAAACCAAAAGCGCCUUCUUAUCAAAAUAUUACUACAGAAGAUAUUGAUAGAAUUGUAAAUAGUAGGAUUCAGACAUUACAACAAUCAGUGCCAAAUCAAUUACCAGCAUCUUCUUCCAGUCAAGAAAAUAUUACUAAGGUUGAUUUACAAGCCAUAGCUAAAUCCUUUCAUGAAACUAUGUCUCGAGCGACUAAAACUCUAAAUAAUAGUAAAAAAUCGGCCAAUAAGAGAGGAGAAGACCAUAUUAUUAGAUAUUUUUUAAGUGAUCUAAUAAGAGAGAAAGGCAAUGUAGCCCUUGGUAAUGUUUAUAAUUAUGACUCCAUAGAUGACAUUACUGACAAGAAAACUAUUCAUAAAAUUCUCCAAAGUGAACUUAAAUUAAUUUUUCCUACACAUUUUCCUUAUGAUUCUAGUCCAGUUGUGUCCAAACAGAUAGUAACUCCUUUGGAGCUGAAGAUAGUAUCUCAAAGCAAUACACCUUUGGCUUCUAAAG